AUGAAUAACGGCAAUAAUGGAAGGGAAUCUCAGGGAGAUCGUUCGAACAACCAGGUCUCCAAGCGAGUUUGCAAGGCGGAGAGAGAAGAGCAACCUCGCGAUCAAGAUGCUUUGAUACCUACAGUGCCUUGUCAGAUCCCCAAGAAAGAAUUUUCGCCAUGGAAAGGAACAGAGAGAAGUGAUGUGGUGGUCCCCAUUGGGCGGAUUAGUCUCCCUUUUACCAUUGGAGAUGCAGAUCCUCAAACCACCACAUUGAUGGAAUUCCUUAUAAUAGGCUGCCUCUCGGCAUACAACGUAGUGCUCAGGAGGCCAACAUUGAACGAUCGGGAUUUGGUUACCUCGACCACGUCGUUGACAAUUAAGUUCCCGACCUCUAAUGGAAAGGGUACUAUGAGCCAGAGGGGUGUCAGCUACGAUCUAGACCCCCAUGAGGUGGAUUGCGACAGGGUUACUGGCCUAGUGGAAAAGCUCGAGGAUAUCCCAGUCGACGAGGUAGAUGAAGAAAGAUGCCUAAAGCUAGGAAAGAGUCUAACUCCCAAGGGGCUCCGGGAGGCAGGCCAUUACAAUGAGGAUAUGGUAGGGAUAGCCCUAGAGGUCAUGUUGCACAAGCUUAAUGUAGACCCUACCUACAAGCCAGUGCGUCAAAAGAGGAGGCCAAUGACCCCUGAGCGUUAUGCCACUCUUAAAGAAAAAGUGGACAAGCUCUUGGCGAAUGAGUUCAUUAGAGAAGCCCACUACUCAGCCUGGGUAGCUAACCCGAUUUUGGUAAAGAAGAGGAAUGGGAAGUGGAGAACCUGUAUUGACUUCACCGAUCUGAAUAAAACUUGCCCAAAGGACAUCUUUCCUCUCCCUAAGAUUGAUCAGCUUAUGGAUGUAACAGUCGGUCACCAGCUCCUCAGCUUUAUGGAUGCUUACUCGGGCUACAACCAGAUUCCCAUGAACCUCAGCGACGAGGACACCUCGUUUAUUACCAAUCAAGGAUUGUAUUGCUAUAAGGUGAUGCCCUUUGGGCUGAAGAAUGUUGGGGCGACCUAUUAG